AUGGCAUUCCUUCAGCUCCUGUCCUGCCUGGCCUUCGUGGCUGCUGUCUCAGGCUGUAGUGUUCCUGCCAUUGAGCCUCUCUUGAAUAAUAUGCUCAGGAUUGCCAAUGGUAAAGAAGCUGUUCCUGGUUCUUGGCCCUGGCAAGUCUCUCUGCAGGAGAGUACUGGUGCCCACUUCUGUGGGGGCACCCUCAUCAGUAACAAAUGGGUGGUCACAGCUGCUCAUUGCAAUGUCAGGAGAACAGACAAGGUGGUUGCUGGAAGGCAUGACCUGAUGUCUCAUAGAGAAAGGAUCCAAGUUCUGUGGAUUGCCAAGGUCUUCAGGAACAAAAAUUAUGACAAGAACACUCUUAGCAAUGACAUUACUCUGUUGAAACCGGCCUCACCUGUCUGCUUCCGGAAAAAUGUGUCCCCUGUCUGCCUGCCCAGUGCCAAUGAUGACUUCCCUGAAGGCACUUCCUGUGUUACAACUGGCUGGGGCAAGACCAGGUACAAUGCCCCCAGUCUCCCAAACAUCCUGCAACAGGCAGAGCUGCCCCUGUUGUCCAAUACUAAAUGUAAGACAUUCUGGGGGAACAAGGUCAAGUACAGCAUGAUCUGUGCUAGAGCCAAUGUCAUUUCUCCCUGCAUGGGUGACUCUGGUGGACCCCUGGUCUGCAAGAAAAAUGGCACCUGGACCCUGGUUGGUAUUGCAUCCUGGGCAUGUGCUCAGUGUCUUACCUACACCCCUGUUGCCUAUGCCUAAGUCACCAAGCUCAUCCCCUUUAUCAAGGAAACCUUGGCCAACAACUGAGCAGUUUCCUGCCCAAGAAAGCUGGUACUUUUAACUCUCCCCAUCC